AUGGCAAAAUCAAAGUAUGAGUAUGUCAAGGAGUUUGAAAAGGACGACACCUUGCUAAGGAAUGUAUUCAUUCUCGUGCGCAUCGAUGGAAAGGGUUUCCACAGGUUUUCAGCAGCCCAUGAAUUUCAUAAACCAAACGACGUUCGCGCUCUCAACUUGAUGAACCAUGCCGCAAGAGCUGUUAUGCAUGAACUGGACGAUAUCUUGUUAGCUUUUGGUGAAUCCGAUGAAUAUUCAUUCUUAUUCCGUCGAUCCACUGAUCUCUAUCAACGACGAGAAGCCAAGAUUGUCUCCACAGUGGUGUCACUUUUCACUUCUGCUUUUGUCUAUUAUUGGAAUGAUUAUUUCCCAGAGAUGAAACGGCCUCUUUAUCCCCCUGUCUUUGAUGGACGCGCCGUACUUUACCCUUCUGAAAUCGAAGUCAAGGAUUAUUUCGCAUGGCGCCAAGCAGAUACUCAUAUCAAUAAUUUGUUCAACACUUCCUUUUGGGCUUUGGUCGAAAAGGGUGGCUUGUCUCCCAAGGCCGCUGAAAAUCGACUGGCGGGAACGGAUUCAAAGGACAAGAAUGAGAUACUUUUUACGGAAUUCAAUACAAAUUAUAGCAAGAUACCCGCUAUUUUCAGGAAGGGGAGUGUACUUUUACGAGGACAGAUCCCCAAGGAUCAAGAAAAGGAUGGUAUCAUUCCUACAUUACCAGAGACUCUUCCAGGAUCAACAAUCGCAAAUGCAAUACCAGUAUCA